ACAAUGAGUCAGAGCCGCCAGAGCGUCGGCGGCGUCGGUCCAGCGCGGUGCGUCUCCUCCAACGAGUAUCGGCGGAUGCGCAGCUCGGCGUGAGCCAGACUCGAGUCCCACCGCCGCGACGCUCGGCCGUUGUACGCGUCGCGCACCAACGGCGACAAAAGCGGUGAUGCAGCGGCGUCGCUGCACAAAGUGAGUGGUGGUGGCAAUGAGCGUGUGAAAGGCGGGAAGUAGCGCUGCUCGGUGUUGCGGCGUCGUCUCCAGGCGAUGUUGUGCUCCGGUACCCUGUGGCGUGCGCUCUGCGCUUGGCUCUCCCUGGGCUUCGCCGCCUCCUCUGUCCGCGCCAAGGAGAUCAACGAGCUCGACUCAAAAGAGACGACGGAGCAACAGUGGCCGCUGGGUCCCCCGCGCGAGGUCACCAUCGACGCCAUUGCCGAGCACUCGUUCACGUUGCGCUGGAAGCCGCCCCGACCGAACCCCAACAAGCACGUCAAGCUGCAAGGGUACAUGCUCACUUACGCACCCACCGGCAAGGCUGCCUUCGGCGAGGAGAAGGCGCUGAUGCUGCCGGCGGUGAUCCAGUCCAAGCUGGUGACGCGGCUGCGCGAGGGCACCGAGUACGCCGUGGUCCUAUCGGCCGUCUACCCCAACGUGCAGACGGCAGCCGCACCCAAGCUCAGCGUCCGCACCGCCCUGCCCGUCGCCGAACUGCCUGUCGGCGACGACUCCUACCUGGACAAUAAGAUCCAGUGCAACUGCAGCGAGGAAGGCAUGGUGGCGUGCACGCGGUCGGCGCUGCAGGACGUGGCGUGCAGCUGCUUCCCGAGCUACGCGGGCCGCUGGUGCGAGUCGUGCGCCAGCGGCUUCUUCCGGGUGGGCAAGCGGUGCGCCGCCUGCCCCUGCAGCAACGCCACAUCGACGGGCGAGUGCGAGGCGGGCACCGGAAGCGAGAGCGUCUCCUGCCGCUCCUGCCUGCCAGGCCACCGGGGACCCCUGUGCUCGGCCUGCGCGGCGGGCUACCACUGGAAGGGCGAGCGCUGCGAGCCCAUCAGCUGCCUCAGCUUCGCCAUGUGCGCCCGCGAGCCGGACAAUCCGGGCUGCCGGGACUGCCACCUCGUCCAGAACAGCCUGCCACCGGUCGCUCAAAAAAGCUCGGAGAGAGGCCUGACGUCCGGUGCAGUGGCGCUGGUAUCGGUACUGGCAACCCUAUGCUUCCUGCUGGUUGUGGCCGGCGGCGCCACAUGGUACCGGUACCGGCUGAGGCGGCGGUCAAGAGCCGGCCUGCCGUUCUGGAGCAUCGAACUGAGCGAAGACAAACCAGCUCCAGCGGCGGACUACCAGCACCUUGAGGCCGCCUCGAGCAAGCUCGUCGUUCAGGACGAAGAAGCGGCGCAGCUCGACAAGUGCUCGCCCGUUCCGCCGCAGAGGCCGUGCACGGGAGGGACGCCUGAGGUGUCGCAGUGCCCGAAUGGUGGACUGUGCCAGUGAGACACCUUGGACACUCGUGGACACACCGGAUGUGCUUAACCGGACUUCGCGUG